UUUACGUUCUUUGUGUAUGUUAGCAUCGGUCGGAGGAAACGGGGGUAAACUCUUCUCCAGCAUUCGGAGCUCGGAGGCGAUCUGGAUCCUACUCGCACGGAGGAGAGCUUGAGCUUCUGCUUGCUCUCGACUCGAUGGCGGCGGCGGAGCGGUGCCAGUUCUGGCUCCCCAACAAGCGCCGCUACUGCGCCAACUCCCCCCUCCCUUCCUCCCAGUUCUGCGGCAACCACCACUCCUCCUCAAGCGCCCUCCGCGUCCCCUGCCCCAUCGACCCCUCCCACUCCGUGCGCCAAGAGAACUUGGAUUCGCACGUAAAGCGAUGCCCUUUGAGGAAACAAGCCGAAGCACUCGAGGCCCAACCCUACUACUCCGAAUCCAUCAAUGCCGGCGAUCCCGACGAGAUCAUCGUGAGCUCGGCCGCUAAAAGGAGCGCCAUUUACAACCUUUCCGUGCUCGAAUUCUAUGAUCUUGUUGACAAGAUCAGGUCGGUCCAUUCCGCUGCGGCAACGGCAUUGCAGGAUUCUUAUGUUGUGCCGGAAGCUUGCGAGGCUUGGCUGAAAGGGCAAAUAGAUAGGAGGCUGCCGUAUCAAGAGAAGCAUGUUGUGCAGCAGGCAUCGAUUCUUGGGAAUAUGGAAGCAUUUGGAUUGAUAGGAAAGAAAAUCGAGGUGGUAAGAGAGAAUGCCAAUGAGAACUCUGAGGGGAGUGAUUUGUUGAAUGGAGAGGAAGGUGCAGUGCCGGCUGUUGUCGAGUUUGGGGCCGGGAGAGGGUACUUGGCGCAGAUGCUUGCAGAUUGUUAUGGAGUUAAGAAGCUUUUUUUGGUCGAGCGGAGGUCGUACAAACUCAAGGCUGAUCGAAGUCUGCGGCAAAACCAGAGCUUAGUAUUAGAACGUUUAAGAAUUGACAUUGAAGAUUUGAACUUGCAUGCAGUAGAAUCAUUGAAGGGUCUUCCAUACCUAGCUACCGGGAAGCAUCUCUGCGGACCUGCAACAGGCCUUGCUCUCGCAACAUGCUGCCACCAUCUUUGCCAAUGGAAGCAUUAUACAAAUACAAAAUUCCUCUCGAAUAUGGGGAUUACGAAGGAGGAAUUCCAUGCUAUGACAUGGUUUAGCAGCUGGGCUGUAGAUGGCGAUCAUAGUUGCGAACUUCCUGAUGUGGAAGAGGCAGAGAAACAUCUAGCAGUCAGUGAGACGAAAGAAGCUGAUCUAGAGGGUGGAGGUAUCGAGAAAAUUAUUCGGAGUAUACCAGCAGGGGAAAGAGCUGCGUUGGGUUUCUUGUGCAAAGAAAUAAUUGAUACAGGGAGGCUACUGUGGCUAAGAGAACAAGGGCUUGAUGCCCGACUUGUAAACUAUGUCCCAUCAAACAUCUCUCCUGAGAAUCAUCUGCUUAUUGCUAAGCACAGGUUCGAUAUGUAAAAACCCUUUGUCAAAAUCUUUAAUCAGGUAAUGAUAUGUUUUUUCUGAAGCAAUUAAAAUAGCGAAUUCAUCUCGAAAAAGGUGUGUGUUUGGCAUUAAGGACCAUGUCAGUUGCAGUAUACUAAGAACAGAAUAAUGCAAACGAAAACCGUAAAGAGCUAUUGGUAUUUAAGCUACUCCGGCCUUGUUUUUAUUCA